CGAAGCUUUGCGCGCGAUUGUUUGUUGUUUGCGUUGCAUUUUUUUUGUUUUUUGUUUUGUUGCGUGAUCGUGCGUGCGAAAACCGGCGUCGGGUGGCAAUUUUUCUCUUUAUUUUGGCGUUUUCUUUUGUUUUUCUCUCAGCUGUUGUCGAAAUCGAAUCGAAUUGAAUCGAAAAAAAAGUGCACACUAAUUGAAAGCUGCAAAAAUUGAAGGCAAUUAUGAAGAAGCCACACAAGUUGUGAAAGUGCGUGUGAGUGUGUACGCAACAAGUGCGUAAGCUUAUUUGGCAAGCCAAUCAGGAAGAAGAAGUAGAAAAAAACGCAAACACGAGAAAUUGGCGGGGAAAAGUUCUUGAAGAAGCAACACAACAAAAAAGAACCCGAAGUGAGGCGAAACGUUGAGGAAGCGUCCAAUUGCAGCCGAAGAGGCGCCGAAGGUCGCCGCAAAAUUGGCGUUGCGCGUAUUUACUUUGCAUUGCAACGAGCAAUAGCGUGUGUGCGUACGCGUGUGUAAAAAAAAUCAAUUUGUUGCAUUUUUUAAUGUUGAGGAGUUCGAGAACGGUGCAACAAUCACACACACAGCAACAGCAGAAGCAGAAGCAGCUGCAGACAUCAGAGGAAAACAAAAGAACCAACAAUGAGAGCUUGGGUGUUAUUAUUGGUUAGCAUAUUUUGCCUGGCAAAGUUUGUCAAAUCCUAUGGCGUUUCGGAGCACCGCGUUGACUACUUCAAAACCGUUGACGGUCAUGAAUACAACUAUCAUUACCACGACGGUUUAGCGCCACGAUUUGAAAAGAGCAAACUUCUGCAGCCCCAGCAGCAGCUGCUGCUGCGGACAAAGCGGCCCCAGACGUACAAACAGCCCUACCACAACAAGUUCUUUGCCAACGAGCCGCAGCGACACCAUGCGGUGGUGUCCGACGUUCCGGCACCGACGUACGCCAGCUUGGUGAGCAGCAGUUCGUUCCAGCAGCAGAACUCGAUCCCGACGUUCGAGAGUCACGAGAAAAUCCGGCACUCGUACGUGGAUGAGGAGGAGGAGGACAGCGAGGAGGGCGUCAACAGCAGCUACGAGAUCAAGAAGAAGCUUCCGGUGACGAUGGCUAAGUUGGCGUCGAAGAAUGCUUUUGUUGGGACCGCUGGAUCGCUGCACGGACUACAGGUGGCCAACCAGCACAGGUUGAACGCCCAAACCCAACACAAUAACCAUUACAACAGCUAUGAUGAGCAGUCUAGUUCCGGUUCCGGAUCGUCGGAGGAAACCAACCAAGCUACUCCUACGGUCUCAAGUCCCGUCAAGAGUUCCAGCGGUGGCUUCCUGGCGAACGAAAGCGCUCCGGAACACCUGCCCGGCUUCCACUACAUCUCCAGCGGGUACACCUACUUCAACUCGCACCCUCACAAGCAAAAGUUCGCCGCCAUUCCGGUGGAACCUCCUACCCCAGCAAUCCGCAAGCCGUACGUGGCCCCAACGCUGACCACCCCAGCGCCGUCCUCCUCCAAGUACCUCUUCCAAAACCACCGACCUGCCCCGGCCGGAACCACGGCCAAACCCUCUGUCCCACGCCGUCCGUACAUCGCACCGUCCCUCACCACCACCAAGCGACCGUACGUGGCCCCGUCCGUGGACACGGCGGCGGUCACCUCCAAGCCCCCGAGCGAUGCCUUCCUGCUGCUCAGCCCCCAGCAGAAUGGAGCCAGCCGAUUCCGGUACACGACCGCCAAGACGGCCAGCACCGCCAGCAAGCAGCAGAGCGAACUGUACGAGCCGGAGUUUGACAUCGACAUCAGAAUCGAUCUGUCAUCGGAUUCGCCGUAAGGGGGAUGUAAACAAACAAACAACACAAAAAAGUCAUAAACCACCACAACAACAAACGACGCGCAGACUAACAACAACGAACAAAAGAACAGUGAAACACAGACGAGUAAUUCAAACUUUGCCUUCUAGCCACUAGAGAAUAUUAAUUUUAAUUUAAAUCGAAUUAUGACGAAAGAAUAAAGUUGCGGAAAAGUGAA